AUGCCAACACUUACGAAUCAAACCGCUAUUCCUAGCGUUACUGCCCUACGGGCACAGCUCGGCUACGGCGAUGCAAAGAAAGAGAUGUUCACCAAAUUUAGGAACGCCAUGGCAUCCUCUCGAGACGUCUUCGUGAGUGAUGGAGGACUUAAUGGUAAAGAUCUCAUUGACUGGAAAUCUCGUGACCAACAGAACGCGCUGUCGAAGAUGGUUCAAUCCUUCCUAGACCGUGACGGGAAUCCACAAAGGUUUUGGCCAGAUGAUGGUGCACUUGAUACCACAAAGCUCAGAUUUUCAACGGAUCAGAAUAGAAUCAAGGACAUUUUGCGACAACUCUUUUGGCGACUCAAUCUUCAAGACCAUCGCAACAACAAAAGUCGGAACCCACUGAGUAAAGGAAAUGACGUAGGCAAGGGACUUGAAUCCGGGCUCCAUCGUAGUGACCCCAUAGACGUGGAGAGCCACGAGGGUGAAAAACCGCCCGGUCUGAGAUCGGCCAGAGAGCGAAGUCACACCUUGAGAGCGGAUCCAGUUGACGAGGGCCCGAAUGAGUCAGAACUUGCCGAUGAUGCCUCUAGUCAUUCGGUCAUCUCAAGAGAUACGUAUCUGGUACCACAGAACCCUGAUCUCAGUGCUCAGGCUCCAGUUCAGCUUGCGCCAUUUGCAGAGAUGACACCGUCGACAAAAAGAGCAAGAGAAGUUGACUCGUCGUCCGCGCGCUCUGAAUCGUCUGCAAAACGAGGUCGCACAUCAUCGACACAGGUUGCCAAUCGCUCAUCGACUAGACAACGAAAGCCGCGAAGAGAGCCGGAGUGGGCUACACCGGAGCAGUACUGGGCCGCCGGAGAGUCUCCAGAGUGUCCAUCAAGCCUGGAGUCUACUGGAAAUAACCCGGGUGUUUCAGAUGGUGCUACUGUUGCAACAGCCACGUCUUCGGUUCGGCCAACUGUUGAGUAUGCACCGCAAGAGGACCCCGUCAACGAUUUCAUCGAUGAGUGGACCAUGCAACAGAACGCCGACACAGAGGUCAUCCUGACGACCACACAUGUUCCCAAGAAUCUCGCAAUGUCUCCCAAUACGACUAGGAAAGGAGAGGCGGCUGAGAAACCGAACAUGGCAUCAGAGUUCUUAAGCGUGCAUCCUUCUACUAGGACUCUUAUGUCCGAACCCGUUGUCCCUGAAGAAACAGCCGCCAAAGCCGGCCCUCAACACAGCGACAAUGUUGAAUUGAACAACGUCGACCCGAAAACUGUUGUUGCGCAGCCCAAAUUUACCUACACAAUUAUGACACACUAUCCGAAAUACAGAGAGCGACACUGGAAGCCAAAAAGAGGUUUCGGGCAAAAGACGCUUUCUGAACUACUGACUGAGUUUCCAGCAUGGGUACAGGUGUCUGACGUGGAGUCACUGCAAUUCCUCAUGGAGACCUCAAAUACAGAGGUAGAGAAUGUCAUAGAACUAGGACAAGAGAAGCAGUUCGAGGAGAUGAAGGCGAAGUUUGAAAAGGCCAUUCGUAUGGAAAUCGCCAGGGCAGCGAACAGCGGCCAAGUACCAGUGAAAAUCAGCAUAGACGUGCGGACCGGGAGAGACCCACAAGAGGAGGAGAUGGACAUUGAAAACAUCAGGUUCUCAUGGUUCUGA